AUGAACAUCGAUUUUCAAGGUUCUGCGAUAUGGCUCUAUGGUCCCCCUCGAAGUCAGCUGCAAGCAAUUCCUAUGGAUUAUAAAAUAUGUCUAUACGAAAUCCGCUCUAUGGCGUCCGAUGCUGUCUGUUUUCGAGUGGAUGUUGCCGAAGCCUAUUCCUUUGCCGACAGCUUCGACACGCCGGUGGUUAUUUUCGCAAAGGGCGGUUUAAAAAACUGCGAACAUCGAAUUGUUGUUUCUGUCGGCGACCCCGUGGACGAAGUAGAUAGGUACCGAGGAAUCCAGUUCUCCCACGCCGUUUACGCAACCGAGAGACCAACCCCAUGGCCCACUGAAGAAGAUAGUUGGCGGUUUCGUGAAGUUGCCAUGCAUGAUACGCAUCCUUUACUAUCUUACUGGCCUAAGAGUCCUGUUUCAUCUAGCUGGUGGCCAUGGGAGUCCUCUGAAUUAUCCGGGUGGUUCAAUAAAAAGUACAGAGCUGAGGAUGGCUCCUGGGUGUCGUGGCACGAAUUGCGGUCGCGGGGUGAAUCAGACCUGGGCGAAUGGGGAUUAGAUGCAACUGUAACAGCCGGUGUCGUCGCCAUAUACGGUAUUCCAAAGGCACGCAUUACUGACAUCAACUCUCUCAUUAAUAUAUGUGUGCGGAUUGACUCAGGCUCGUGCGAGCACGUAGACGUCCAGCACGCUUACCUGAAUACUGAGCAUCAUCAGGAGGCGAUCUUGCUGUGGCGGAACCAAGCGCUUGACUCUUACCGGCAGACACGUGUAUCUAUUCGGCUGAUUAAAACUAGCGAUAGUAACUUGAAGGUAUUCCCAUUCAAGGCCCUUCAUUACUGGGAGCAACAGGAGUAUUCCAGCCCUGAUCCACCAGUGGGUCGACUCGAAAAUGUUGCCGUGGCGCACGACGACCGGGCUAUUGCAUACCACCCCGGAAGCCGCUGUGUGAAACAUUUUGCAUGGUGGUGUACAGGGUGGUUUGAUCCUUGGAGAUGGAGGGAGGACGGGCCAUCUGGAUCCGUCCUGACCUAUCGUAGCACAGUUUCAUCUUAUAGAACGACAGAAGAUCCCUCGAUAACAAUGGACUUUCAAGGAUCCGCCGUGUAUGUGUAUGGCGCUCCGAAAUCUUUUAUGAAAGAUGGGUUUGCACCGCAACACGUCUGUCUCAACGAUAUAUGCCACGUUGUUGAUCUCGAGCAGGCAUAUUUAAAUGCCCUAGAGGCCCCUUUUGAGUCAACUUCCACCCGGUCCUUCGAGUCUUUGGAUAGCGUGAGCAAUGCAACAGUGUUGUCGCCAAUCCAUCCCGAGCUCGACCCUGUUCUGAUUUGGAGCAUGACUGGACUGGAUGACAUGGCUCAGCAUUCUUUGCGCCUUGCACUCGCAGCAUUGCCAUCAGGAGAUGAUACAGAAAUGACGAUUGCCAAGGUUGUGUACACGAAGGUCAUAUAUGAGUCUGGAAAGUCGCGACCGGACACCCCAGUACCACAACCAGAUAACACCGAUGGAGGACCCAUAUAUCCGCCUCAUGCUGUCAAGUGGGCACCUCGACCCCUACCAUCACCACCUUCAUCGCCACCCCCCAGCCUCCCACUACCACCUGCACCACCACCUCGCCAAAGACCGAGAGGCGAAACUUCAAUAUGGCCUUUCAUCAUUUGGCCAUCGUUCGGAAUGUUUGCUUUCCUAUCUUUGCUCCUGUGUUGUCUCCCAUGUAACGAAUCACCCGAGAGGAGACGAAUUCGACCCGAAUCACCGCCUCCACCUUAUGUACCGCCCGCUAGGCCACGACCGCCUUCUCAAAAGCCAGAAGCAUAUUCAGUCCAACCAGGUCCAAGGGAGCCGCAAAAACCAACUCCUCCGGUAUACUAUACACACUCCAGCACAGUUCGUAGUGGUCCGUCUUCAACUCGCGCUGAUCCUGGUGUUCCCGAAUUUAGCAGAGCCGUGCGGAAAUCCAACCCGGGGACCUCUGAACCACAACAAGUAUUGCCUUCUCCCGGUCCUUCCACAAAGUUGAGGAUGCCAAACCCGCUCAUACUGGUAAAAGACCAAAAUAAUGCCGGCCCUUGUCCGGGGUCGAAUGUUGCACCUCAGAAACCGGAGUAUACCGAGAAUGCCCAAACGCAACCCAUGGCUCCUCCAAGCCAAAAAUCAUCGGAUUCACCUACCAGCACUUCGAACCAAGUGAAAAAUAUCGCUAGCCCAAUUCCAGGCUAUGAUUCAAGUUGUACUAUUCCUAAAGCCCCUUCUUACCCAGCACCCCGUUUAGUACCGGAGCGUGCAAGCUCGGCUAGUUACAGCAUUGCCUCUUCGUCGCGGGUUCCACCGAAUGAUGCAACUCGCCAACCACCCCGUACCACCCUCCCAAAUCCUCGAGCUCCAUUGAACACCCACCACGCUAUCUCGACUACUGUUACAAACUCUUCCCCAUGGGUUGCGAGUAAAAUCGAUAGCAGGGUUCGUCGUACCGAAAGGGAUAUUUCGCAUAGAGCCACGCCCUUGAAUACAGAUAUCGAUCCUCAAGUAAUCCCAAAUCGCUCACGACGCUCUAGAGCUCAAGAAACCAGAGGCCAAAGCACUAGUGAUAUGCAUCGUCCUAAACCACAGACCCCAGUACCUCAGGCGCGCGCAUACACUCACACCCCAGCACUGGCUCAAUGGAUAGAAAGUCAAGGAUACCGGAUUGACCGCUUGAUGGAUGCAACUCCAAGGAAUGCGCACGUUGUUUCCGGUCCAUACACUAGAGCACGGAGGAAUCAGGGACUCCCACGAAAUGCAAUGCCCCCUUUCAAUACUGCCGUUCAAGGUAUCUCAGAACCAGGCCCGGGAAAUACAAAUUGGCAUACACAACGAUCAGUCGCAGAACAAAGUGGCCGGGCUCCAGUGACCUCGAAUGUACCAGCAGACCGGGAGUUUACGCACAGGAAUCGACGCGAACAAGGGUGGGGAGAGUUAGAAGGCAAUCAAAGGGCGAUUCCUAUCCGAAAUCAUACCAAUGAGAGCUCAAAUAACAAUUCCAUGCGAAUCGAAAUUGAUCCGAGGCAAGAGGAAACAAGAAACGAAGUCGGCGGUGCAGGAAACAGCUCGGGAAACACGAGCGCAAGGCGUUACAGAAAUAACCGGCGAUCAAAUAGGGCCAGAAGCGGCCAAGGACAGCGCUGA